ACGGACCACAACUCGGACAACACAACAGCGAUGCUGCAGGAGUGGCUGGGGGCGGUGGGGAAGGACUAUCACUCGGUGGUCUGGAAGGCACAAGAGGAGCCCAGCUCCUACCCUGACGAGCUUGGGCCCAAGCACUGGAGCGAUAAACGCUACGAAAACCUGAUGAGGCUGAAGCAGGAGGCUCUCACCUACGCCCGGGAGCAGCACGCAGACUAUAUCCUGUUUGUGGACACCGACAGCAUCCUGACCAACAACCAGACCCUCAAGUUUCUCAUGGCGCAGAACAAGUCGGUGGUGGCCCCCAUGUUGGACUCGCAGACCUUCUACUCCAACUUCUGGUGUGGCAUCACGCCCCAGGGGUACUACCGCCGGACGGCCGAUUACUUCCCCACCAAGAACCGGCAGCAGGUGGGCUGUUUCUCCGUCCCCAUGGUCUACGCCACCUUCCUGAUCGACCUGCGGAAAGAGGAGACGUCGCGGUUGGCUUUCUACCCGCCCCAUCCCAACUACACCUGGGCCUUCGACGAUAUCAUCGUCUUCGCCUACUCCUGCCAGGCAGCUGGCGCGGAGGUCCAUGUGUGCAACCAGCAGCGCUUUGGCUACAUCAAUGUCCCUGUGAAGGCUCACCAGACGCUGGAGGAUGAAUGCGCCAACUUUGUGCAUCUCACGCUGGAGGCCAUGGUGGAUGGGCCCCCCAUGCAGCGCUCCAGGCAUAUUUCCCUCCUUCCCAAGCCACUCACGAAAAUGGGCUUUGAUGAAAUCUUCCUCAUCAACCUGGUGCGGAGGCCGGACCGGCGCCAGCGGAUGCUGGCGUCCCUGCAGGAGCUGGAGAUUGCCCCACGGGUGGUGGAUGCUGUGGAUGGGAGCACCCUCAACAGCAGCGACAUCAAGGUGCUGGGGGUGGACCUGCUUCCCGGGUACUACGACCCCUUCUCCGGCCGCACGCUCACCAAAGGCGAGGUCGGCUGCUUCCUCAGCCACUACAACGUCUGGAAGGAGAUCGUGUCCCGGGGGCUGGAGCGGUCAGUGGUCUUUGAGGACGAUGUGCGUUUUGAGGCUGCCUUCCCGGCACGGCUGCAUCGGCUGAUGGAGGAGCUGGAGGGGGCACAACAGGACUGGGACCUCAUCUACCUGGGAAGGAAGCAGGUGAACGUGGAGGAUGAGGCACCCGUGGAGGGUGUGCGAAACCUGGUGGUGGCUGGGUACUCGUACUGGACGCUGGCCUACGUCAUCUCCCUCCGCGGGGCGCAGAAGCUGCUGGCUGCCGAGCCCCUCUCCAAAAUGCUGCCAGUGGACGAGUUCCUGCCCAUCAUGUAUGACAAGCACCCCAACGAGGAUUACAAGCAGCACUUUGCCCCCCGGGACCUGCUGGUGUUUUCUGCUCACCCCCUCCUGGUUUAUCCCACCCACUACGCUGGGGACAGCAACUGGCUGAGCGACACCGAGACCUCCACCAUCUGGGACGACGAUGCCAAGAAGACCGACUGGGCUGGCUCACAGAAGACCCUGAGGGACUCACGGGGCGGUGCUGGCCACCUCCGCUCCACCGCCCGCGAUGAGCUCUGA